UUCUCACCAUCAACAAUGGCCUGCUUUGAGGUCUUUAAGAAGUCUAAAAUUAUGGAGUUAGGAGGAGAAAUAGAAGGUAAGAAGAUCAAAGAAGAACAAGAAGAGUGCACUCUUGAUGGCACCGUCGAUCGAUAUGGUCGUCCAGCAAUCCGACAACGAACCGGAGGAUGGGUUUCCGGAAUUCUAUUACUUGUGAAUCAAGGUCUGGCUACAUUGGCAUUCUUUGGAGUUGGAGUGAACCUGGUUUUGUUCCUUACAAGAGUCAUAGGCCAAAACAAUGCCGAUGCUGCAAAUAAUGUUAGCAAAUGGACCGGAACCGUCUACAUCUUCUCGCUUGUCGGCGCAUUGCUCAGUGAUUCCUACUGGGGAAGAUACAAGACUUGUGCCAUUUUUCAGGUCAUCUUUGUAAUUGGCUUGGUUUUAUUAUCAAUAUCAUCAUACUUUUUCUUGGUUAAACCUAAUGGCUGCGGGGAUGGACAAACUCUAUGUGGGCCCCACUCACCUAUCCAUAUAUCCUUCUUUUACAUAUCUAUCUAUCUCGUUGCCCUAGGAAAUGGAGGGUACCAACCUACCAUAGCUACAUUUGGGGCAGAUCAGUUUGAUGAAGAGGACAGCAAGGAAGGGCAUUCCAAGGUGUCUUUCUUUAGCUACUUCUACUUGGCUUUGAACCUUGGCUCCCUCUUCUCAAAUACCAUUCUGGUGUAUUUUGAGGAUGAAGGGAUGUGGGCUCUAGGCUUUUGGGUAUCUAGUGGCUCUGCCUUUGUGGCCUUGGUCUUAUUUCUUAUUGGGACCCCAAGGUACAGGCACUUCAUGCCAACUGGCAACCCUCUCUCCAGAUUCUGCCAGGUGAUUGUGGCUGCAUUUAAGAAAUGGAGGGUAGAGAUGUCAGCAGGAAAAGAGGAUCUAUAUGAAAUGGAUGGAAAAGAUUGUAUGGGUAGAAAGAUACUCCACACCCAUGAAUUCAAGUUCUUGGAUAGAGCAGCAUAUAUCACUUCAAAGGACAUAUCCUUACAAGAUCAGGGCCUUCAUAGUCCAUGGCGUUUGUGCACAAUAACACAAGUUGAAGAAGUAAAAUGCAUACUUAGACUUCUUCCCAUUUGGCUAUGCACCAUAAUCUACUCAGUGGUCUUCACUCAAAUGGCCUCUCUUUUUGUUGAACAAGGGGCUGCCAUGAAAACUACCAUUGGAAAUUUUCGAAUUCCUGCUGCAAGUAUGUCUAGCUUUGACAUACUUAGUGUAGCAGCUUUCAUUUUCAUUUACAGGCGAAUUGUCGAUCCUCUUGUUGGUAAAAUACGAAAAACAAAUGGUAGAGGACUUACUGAGCUUCAAAGGAUGGGAAUUGGACUCAUAAUAGCAAUAAUGGCGAUGGUUUCGGCCGGAAUUGUGGAGUGUUGUAGACUAAAAUAUGCUCAAGGUGAAUGUGUGAAUUGUGAUGGUGCAAGUUCUUUGAGUAUCUUUUGGCAAAUACCUCAAUAUGCAUUCAUAGGAGCUUCUGAGGUGUUCAUGUAUGUGGGUCAAUUGGAGUUCUUCAAUGACCAAACACCAGAUGGAUUGAAGAGCUUUGGUAGUGCUCUUUGCAUGACUUCAAUGUCAUUGGGGAACUAUGUGAGCAGCUUACUUGUAUCAAUUGUCAUGAAGAUCUCUACUAAAGAUAAUAUGCCAGGAUGGAUCCCUGGAAAUCUUAAUAGGGGUCACCUAGACAGGUUUUACUUCCUCUUAGCAGUUUUGACAAUUGUUGAUCUUGUGCUUUAUGUAAUAUGUGCACAAUGGUACAAGAGUAUCAAGUUGGAAGGAAAAUCUCAAGACAUGGACAAUGACAACGACGACGACGAUGACGAUGAUGAGAAUGACAAGUUGAGUGUCUAGUAGCUUUCAAUGUCUUCUUCUAGCUAGCUUCUACAACAUGUUACAGAAAUAAAAGAGGAAGGGAGGUGGGGAUUGUGAUGACAUUGAUCAGUUAAGAAUUGUAUCUUAGAAGAACAAGGAGUAGCCUAUGACAGGAAAUCCCUCCCAUUGCUUUCUCUCCCUCACUCUCUUUCACCCCUUUUCUCAUAUUUUACUGUCCUACUUACUGUCCCUGACCCAAAUUUGUAAGGUAAAGAAAGGUUAGAGCAAAGGCUGAGUAAAGAGGGUUUUAAGAGGUGGAAGGUGUGUUCACCAAGGUCCUUAUUGCCACUGAUCUCAUUUGUUCAUUAUAAUCUAGGCAUAGAAUGGACAUAUUAAUGUUGUAUGUAAUUUUAGAGAGUUAGUAUUUUGUGUGU